AAGUCCAAGUGAAAAAGAUACAAAAUGAAAACAAUGAUUUAGUUAUAUUUAGAAAACUACGGCACUUGCCACAUUUCUCAUAAACUUUAUCCUGCUGCCCUCUGACUACUGGUGGUGACCUCUGGCUAGCCUGCUGAUCUUUGUUCUGUUAGUGUUUGACCUGUCACAGGAGAAGCCUCUUUACUGAGAUGGAAAUUCUAAAUGGGAAAGUCACAGAUUCGGAAAUCAAGAAUCAAACCCUGAGGCUCCAUGGAGCAGUGGAACUCAGAAGAGGCUGUAUCAGUAAGAAGUGUCACCUCUACCUGUACAGAGAUUUCUUGGUUGUGACAAAUAGUUGGUAUAAGAUAACCUUUAAGAUAAAAUACAUCAUCCCUCUGACUUCCCUCUGGAUUGGGGACGGUGUGGUCACAGACUAUGUAGGCCCCAAUCAGGCCAAGAAAUCCAUUUUCCUAGGCUGGCCCAUGGAGAACUUCAUCGCCACCUUCCGGUCUGUGGGCCAAAAAAGAGAUUGGUGUUGUUUCCUUGGAAGAUCUAUUAAACAAACAAAGGAGAAGUACCACGGGAUGAGUACUGCAUUGGAGAUAUUCACAGAUGGCAUCCUGAGCUCAAACUCUGCAUUCACUGUAACAGCAACACAUUUGGACACAGUGAAUGAUAUAAUCAGGAAGUUACAACCAUUGCUGGGAAUACCUAAUGCUGAAGAGGAUUACCAGCUGUGGUUCUCUUCUGGCCAGGAAGAAACGCCAUGCCCACUUCUUGGACAUGAGAAUCCAUAUGCUAUCAAAAUGAAUGAACUUCGAAAUGAUGCAUUUAUGGCCCUGGGUCCAAGCAACUACAGCGCUUAUCUCAACAUCCAAAAUGUGAUCCAGGAGCUGCAGGACCCUCAUGUGCCAGGAAAAUUCAUUAUAAAGCCCAAGGAGCCACCCAGAGAUAAUCAGCAGAGCAAUUCAGAGAAAACAGUUAGGAGAUUCUCCCUCCUAAGUCGGAUAUUUCACCGAGGAGCGUCCACCUGCCAAGACUGUGCGUGUUACCACACUGCAGCCCCAACUCAUGGUCGCCUCUUUAAUAAUCCUCUAGGGGCUAUUUGUCAAGACGGCAAUCUGCCGACAUCAAUUCUGGAUAUGCUGUCUCUCCUGGAGGAAAUCGGACCUGCGGUUGAAGGCAUUUUCAGAAAAGCAGGAAGUAUUACAGAAUGCCAAGACGUUAAGGAGAAGCUGGAUUUGGGAGAAGAAGUAAAUUUGAGGGAGGAAUCCAUCCUUGUUGUGUCAUCAGUUCUAAAGGAUUUCCUUCGAAACAUCCCCGGAGGAGUAUUCUCAUCUAGCCUCUAUGAUAAGUGGAUGGCGGUCACUGAUCAAGACAAUGAGAAGGAAAGAAUAUCUUCCAUCCAGAGUCUUUUAGAGCAACUGCCAACACCAAACGUGGUCCUCUUGAGACAGCUGUUCCAGGUCUUACAUAGCAUUGAGAGACAUUCGUCAACUAACUAUAUGACAUCUUAUAACUUAUCUGUGUGUAUAGCACCAAGUGUUCUGUGCCUACCUAACUCCAGCAUGUUGGAAUUCAGAAAAGAAAUCGAAAAACAGAUUUCUCUUGUACAGUUUUUUAUUGACAAUUUUGAAAAGAUAUUUGAAGACAACACCAAUACACACUUAGGUGAAAGCUCAGUGAUACCUAGCAAUGGCGAGGAGACGUUGGAUACAUUCAUUGGUUUGUGUGAAACGGACGCUGCCCAGGAUGAUGAGAGAAGCUGUGACAGUGAACAGACUCAUCCCAAGGAUGGUGCAGAGCCGCAGUGUCCGUCUGCUGCUCCUCACGAAGCGGUGAGUGUGGAACAACCUCUGGAUCCUAGACCAUUAAAUGCCCAGUGCUCUACAGAAGGAACAACUGCAGCAUGAUGUCUAAGGCUCCGUCUGGAUCCAUCCACCUGGAAACCAGCCUGGGAUUUCCUCACUGGAGACUACAAUCCUCACCACCAUAUUUUGCUUAUCCCUUUAGUGCUGUAUUAGUCUACUCUCAAAUACUUUUCAACAGUGUUUCCAAGAUUUGUUGGAACAUGAUUUAAAUCCUGUUCUUGUCUGAAAUAAUUGAUUCUUCGACAAAAGGAUGGACAGACACCAAAAACUAAGCGCCUGAAAGAUGCUCUUAAACUUCCUUUACCUGAUACCUGAAUAAGCAUCACUCGGGUACCAGUUCAUUACACGUGAUUGUCCCUUUUCCUCCUUCAUUAUUUAUAUUUGAAAAGACCUUUCUCCAAAAUAUCCCUAUUUCUAUAUAGUUAUGUUUACUAUAUUGUAAGAAUUCUAGUUAGCAUUUGUAUUGAAUUUGUUUCAUUGUAUUACCUGUAUUUUUAUUGUUAUAAUAAAUAUUCUAGAAUCUAAUUGCUUAGAAAAUGUUUUGAGAUUUCCAGUUACUCUUUAGAAAAUGCUCAGAGGGGCCUUAUGUCUCUUCUCAGUUGUAAUUAAUAUGCAGUAAUAUAGGAGCUUAACUGAGUGUAUGUCAUGGGCAGAUGGCUUGUUACCUGCCCCCUUGUCUAUGACAAUUUAGUCCCCAUUUCUUCAUGUUGUAGAGUAAAACUAUACCAGCAAAGGAGGCCACUGAUUUUCAAGCACUGCUCCCUUCAAGUUUAUUAAUAUCCCAUUUGUCACAGUCAAGUAUAUUAAUAACCCACUGGUUAAGGUCUAGAAGGAGAGAGUUAAAACCAGAAUUCAUGCAGGAGUUGAUGACAGAGUCAGCAGAAGUCCAGCUGCUAGGGUUGAGAAAUGAGGCCUUCAUGGUUCUGGGAGGCUCUUACUUGGAAAGUGUCAAACUGCUGGGUUAACUCAAUGUAAACUCACUACAACACAACAUUUUUUUUCAGCUUUAGGUAUUUACUGAAUGCAUUGGAAAUAUAUUCCAAAGGAACUGAGCUACAUCCUAACCUUAGGGAAUAAGUUAAACUUCUCAGUGAUAAAAGCUUAUACAAAGUUGGUUUGCUGUACUCUCCUGCAUUUAACAAAUA